UUUCCCAGCGGUCGUGUAUAGCGUACGUUUUUCCGUUCAUCCCAUAACUUUUCGUAACUUCGCCAUGACAUUACGCUGUGUACUCGUGGUGCUGGCGCUGGCUGGAGCCACGUUCGCAGGCCCCGAGGUCACCGAACUUAAGGUCGACGUGGUCAGCGUGCCCGAGGGUUGCUCCGUCAAGUCCAAGCACGGGGACAUGCUCACGAUGCACUACACCGGCACUCUCGACGACGGUCACAAGUUCGACUCGAGCUACGACCGCGACCAGCCGUUUACUUUCCAAAUCGGAGUGGGCCAAGUGAUCAAGGGCUGGGACCAAGGACUUCUGGACAUGUGCGUCGGUGAAAAACGUAAGCUUACGAUCCCAUCCUCCCUCGGCUACGGCGAGCGCGGGGCCGGUAACGUGAUCCCACCCCACGCGACCCUCCACUUCGACGUGGAGCUCAUCAACAUCGGCGACUCGCCCCCGACCACCAACGUCUUCAAAGAAAUCGACGCCGACAAGGACAACAUGCUGUCCAGAGAGGAAGUGAGUGAUUACCUAAAGAAGCAGAUGGUGCCCGCCGACGGCGCCGAGAUGAGCGAAGACGUCAAACAAAUGCUAGAAAGUCACGACAAACUCGUCGAGGAGAUCUUCCAACAUGAGGACAAGGACAAGAACGGCUUCAUCAGUCACGAAGAGUUCUCCGGUCCUAAGCACGACGAACUUUAAAUUUAUUGUAGUUAAUAAAAACUGCUCCUAAGCACAACAAAUUUAAUAUAUGAUUAUAUUAUUAUUAAGAGACGUACCCAGCAACUAUUCGGGGGAAUUCAAUUAAAUAUUAAUUACAUAAUAAUAGGAUUGAAUUAAAGAUUUACAUCAAUAUCCAUUUUAACAACGAGUGUAAAGUAUUUAACAAAAGUUUUUAAAGUAAGUAUCGGGCCAUCGAGGCCAGCUUCAGACCUGCACAGCCUGGGUACGUUCGUGUACUCCCUAACUCAUUGCAAAACAUCAGAUAAGACUUGAGAGUGUGAUCCUAGUGUUCUCGUACUCAUUCUGUAAUAGUUCUGUAUUACUUACAUUGACCACUUCUUUUUAUCUUGGUGCGCAAGGGUUAGUUUUCUGUUGAGUUUUAUGUACUUAGUCUAUUUAAGUUGUUGGCGAGUCGAGGAGUUUGUUGUAGCGUUAAGAAAUUUGCAACAAUAUUGUAAUAAUUUUUUUAUAUAAAUAUAAAUAUUUGGGCGAAUGUAUAUUUUAUGUAUAAACUUUAUUUGGAUAAAAUAUUAAUAUAUUUUGUAUUCGUUAUUUUUAAUGUCCUAUUUUUAUUGCUGGUUUAUUUAAAAAAAAAUGUGGGUAGUUUGAUAUUUUCCUUUUGUACAAGCAUCGCACGUCACACCCAUGUUCUCGAAUUUUUAUAGAGACUGUCGCUGUGAAUCAGGAAUAAAGACGAUGGAUAGCAUUUUAAUUUAUAAAAUUAAAUGUCACAAAAAUAUUAUUAUUAUGUAAAACGAUAAAAAUUGUAAUAAACAGACCAUUCUUAAUUAAAAAUAAGUCAGUUCUUUUAUUUCGUGUUGUAUAAGUUUUAAGAGUUUUUGUUGUGCGUUUACGAAACGUUAUACUAAGAGGUUGCUAGAAGACGCAGAAUCAAAGCGUGAUAAUUUAAUGAAAGGGAAAUCAAGGUUGUUUCUAAAAUGUUUAAAUAAAAUAUACUUACUAGGUCUAA